AUGCGGGCUCUUCGCUACUAUGGUGCUGAGGAUAUGCGUCUGGAACACGACGUUCCAGAGCCGGUAUGUGAUGCCCAUCAAGUGAAGAUUCGACCUUCCUUUUGUGGGAUCUGUGGGUCCGACUUGCACUUCUACUGCAUGCCGGAUGUUCUUCCGUUCAAAGACACGCCUCAUCCGAUCACCGGCGAGAUAUGGCCUGUAACACUCGGGCAUGAGUUUUCUGGGGACAUCGUCGAGGUCGGAGCACAGGUGCGCAAAGGUCUCGAGGUUGGAGACAGAGUGGCCGUCCAGCCCACCAUUUGCUGCAAGCAAUGCGUUUCGUGCAAAGACGGCUUUACCAAUUGUUGCGAUUCGUUUGGGUUCGUGGGAAUCAUGGGUUGGGGAGGUGGGUUAUCGGAUCGGGUGUGCGUAGAUGCGCAGUUCGUGUUCAAACUGCCUGAGAAGAUAACGUUAGAAAUUGGCGUCGCUUUGGUCGAGCCGCUUGCAGUUGCCUGGCAUGCAGUUGAACAGUCGGCCGCCAAAGCAGGGGACAACAUCUUGGUUAUCGGCGCCGGCCAGAUUGGUUUGGCCAUUGUCCAAUGCCUGAAAGCCUUUGAUACUGCCCAGGUGAUAGUUGCUGAAGUUGCUCAGAAUCGAAGGGACUUGGCUCUACAGUUUGGAGCUACGGCGGUGAUCGAUCCGACGGACGAAGAUGUGGUCUCCAGAUGCAAGAUGCUGUGCAAUGACCAAGGCCCUGACGUUGCUUUUGACUGCGCUGGAGUAGCUGCCAGUAUCAAGUCCGCGUGUUUAUCAGUUCGAAGCAGGGGGACGGUGGUGAAUGUUGCCCAGUGGGGCAAAGAGAUUCCAUUCAACCCGGACAAUCUGUUGGUUGGGGAAAAGAGGCUGGUUACAGCGCUGAGUUACACCAGUGAGGAUUUUAAGCGAGUUAUUGACGCGCUGGACAAAGGAACGAUCGAUGCGGAGAAGAUGAUCACGCGUACGAUCUCGAUGGAUAGAGUGGUUGAAGAUGGUAUUCUCGCGUUGUUACACGAGAAGGAUAAACACAUUAAGAUACUUGUCGAUGUCAGAAAGUAG